UGAAGUUGAAGAUGAUGACAAUGUUAAGUUAACGAUCAGUUGGACCCCACCAAAUUGCGCGCCACGCGUAAGGUGGAGUGGUUAGCAGAUGAUUCCAUAUACAUGAGCCACCAUGCCGCGUUAGAGUUGGACGAUCAAAGGCUUUGAAAUCAAUCUAAAAUCCUUUUCUAAACACAGAAACCAAAAAGGAACAAAAACAACAACGCGCAGAGAGAUUUCCGAUCUGAUCCGAUCAGCUCAGAGUCAAUUACCGGCGAAUUCAGUUUCUUUUCCAUCCCACCGAUCGACCGCCAUGAGCUUCCUUUUCGGCAAGCGAAAAACCCCCGCAGAGCUCUUGCGGGAGAACAAGAGGAUGCUGGAUAAAUCUAUCAGAGAAAUAGAAAGAGAGAGGCAAGGCCUUCAAGCACAGGAAAAGAAGUUAAUUCUAGAGAUCAAGAAAAGUGCCAAACAAGGGCAGAUGGGUGCUGUAAAAGUUAUGGCCAAAGACCUUGUUAGAACACGUCAUCAGAUUGAGAAGUUUUACAAGCUUAAAUCACAACUCCAGGGUGUAGCUCUUAGAAUCCAGACGUUGAAAUCCACUCAAGCAAUGGGAGAGGCAAUGAAAGGAGUGACAAAGGCAAUGGGCCAAAUGAAUAGACAGAUGAACUUGCCAUCACUGCAGAAAAUUAUGCAAGAAUUUGAGAGGCAGAAUGAGAAGAUGGAAUUGGUAACCGAAGUAAUGGGAGAUGCUAUUGAUGAUGCUUUGGAAGGGGAUGAGGAAGAAGAGGAAACAGAAGAACUAGUGAGCCAGGUGCUUGAUGAGAUUGGAAUUGACAUCAACCAAGAGCUUGUUAAUGCGCCAUCAGCUGCUGUUGCCACACCAGCUGCUAAGAGCAAAGUUCCACAGGUGGAAACAACUGGAAAUGAAGAUGGUGGGAUAGAUAGUGAUUUACAGGCAAGGCUAGAUAAUUUAAGAAAGAUGUAGUCUUUUCGACUUGUGUAAUGUUUGACAUUGAUUAUAUUGUGAAAAAGUGAGUUCCUUUUGGCCAUGUAAUAUCUUUAAUUGUGCCACAAUGUAUGGAUUCAGGAUUUGGGACGUAUAGAUUUUCAUAAAAUUUCAUUA